UGGGUGCCGCACGGUCAGUGGCGGCGGAUUUUCGCAAGGCUUCGCGGCGCCCCACUAGGCUGCGCGGGCGCCGCGCCGCUCAGUACUACUGCAUCUCGCGGGCUCCGUGCGCGCCCCGACUCGCCACACAUUCGGACGUAACGAUCUGUGAUAUUAUAGUGUUAAGUUAUAAUUAAGUGCUGGAACCCAGUGAAGUGUCCGACAGAAUGAUGACUCACACGACGCUUUAUUGCACCUUUGUGGUAGCCUUGAUUGCACCGGCCCUCAUACAAUGCAUAUCAGUGGUAGGGCCCCGAGUGCUGAGGCCCUUCAGCUCCUACAGCGUGGCCAUAGCCGGAGGGUCGCGCGCCCACACGCUGUACGUGGCAGUGGAAGGCCGCAGAUCCAACGGCGAGCAGUUCUCACAGGGGAGACAGGUGCAGGUCCCUCCUGCCACGUCGAGACAAGUGGACUUUGACAUAGGCGACCCAGGCCCCGGGGAGUAUUCCCUGGUGGCGCGGUCCACCUCCGGGCCGCUGUUCUCGUCGGCCGCCCCGCUGGUGUACCAGCCCCGCAGCUUCUGCGUGUUCGUGCAGACCGACAAGAGGGUCUACCAGCCCAGAGACACCAUCAACUUCGCAGUCAUCGCUUUGGAUAAACACCUAUUGCCGAUUUCGAACACAGUAGACGUAAGUGUGCUAGACGCGGGCGGAUCGCCGGUCUGGCAGAAGCUGGCCGUGCCGCUGGACAAAGGCAUCUUCACCGACCAGUUCAUGCUGGCCGAUGAGCCGGCGCUCGGAGAAUGGACUAUACAGGUAGAAGCCCGGGGGCAGACUUACUCGAGGCAAAUCCUAGUGGCCGAUUAUGUGAUGCCCAAAUUCCAAAUGGACAUCCAAUUGCCAAAAGAGGUUCUCUUCACCGAAGGCCGCUUCACCGUCAACGUUACAGCCAAGCACUUCAACGGCUUGCCAGUAAACGGAGAGCUGACAAUAUCAGCAUACGCUGUAUUCUUCUCCCAGCUCCUACAGCCCGUUUUCUCGCCUCCUUCUCGCAAAGUGCUAGCUUUCAACGGGAACGCUGAAAUAGUAUACGACCUAAAAACCGACCUAGACCUCGCCGUGGAUGCGGCAAGGCCGCUGGUCGUCGAGGCCGUGUUGGAGGAAUACGACACGCUGAUCCGACAGAAUGUGUCAUCGCGGAUAUUGCUGAUGAGAACCCCGUACCGGCUGAAAGUGACUGCCCCGGACUAUGUGAAGCCGACGCUGCCUUACAAUGUUCAGAUCGAAGUAGUAGAUUCAUCUGGGCAGAUGUUAGACGUGAACGAAGAUGUAACCGUAGAAAGGCUAUGGGAUGACGGAGCGCCUGUCAACGUCACUACCCUCAAAUUGAAGAACGGCUUUGUCACUUACACCCUAGUGCCAGACAUGGCGCAUAUCAACUCCACACUUAAUUUAGUGAUUAAGUACAAAGACGUGGUAGAGCGCGUUGUAAACGUACAAAGGAACAGCGACUCCAGCGGCCAAUUCCUGACGGUAGAACUCCUGACUCGUGGAACAUCAGUCGGUGACGAGAUGAGAGCCAGGAUCACGGCCACGGAGCCCAUGGACUUGGUGCACUAUGUCGUCAUAGGACGCGGUGAUAUCCUCGUCGCCAAAACAUUAGAGUUGAACCCAGCUCGGCGAAGCGUGGAUAUCUCUGUAGAGGUGUCUCGUGCCAUGACCCCUGGCUGCGUAGUACUGGCGUGGUACCCGCGCCUCGACUCCACCAACACCAUGCUGGCCGCCGCGCUCUACGCGCCGCAGCAGCAGCUCUUGCACCAUCACGUAUCUCUAAAGUCCGUGUCAGCUUCCAACUACCAGCCAAACACACUGACCGAGCUGCAAGUGACGGGAGAAGCGGGCGCCCGCGCCGUGGUCCUUGGUGCUGACGUGAACGCCGUCGCGGCGGGACUCUCGGCCGCUAAUGGACUUGGAAGCGGACUUGAUAUGCACACGAUCCAACGCGAAGUAGAGAGCUUUAGCGGUUUGAAGCAUUCUGUUUUCAAGAAUGAGGAACACCUCCCAGGUUUAGGUUUGGAUAUUGCUGGUUAUACUUCUCUAGAUGUUUUCAAGAAAGUCGGAUUUGUUAUCCUGACUGAUGGAGUGAUUGUUCAAAAUGGAGUAGGAGUGGAUCCCAAACAUGAAGAGCCAGAAACCGGCACCAGGCCUCCUCUGGCCGGGCCGUACGCGUUCAGCCGCCUGCCCCCGCCACCUUCGCCCCGAUACUUCUUGACUGUCUCGCCGUUACCCACAUGGGCCUUCUCCAAUUUCUCUCUUGAUAACAUUGGCCGAGGUUCAGCAGAACGUUGGACUCCACCACCACAUGUACCAGUAAAGUUGAAAUUGGGAGCAUUUGCAGUCGAUUCUAAGAUGGGCCUCGGUCUAGCUACACCCCAGGAUAUUGCCACCUCGGUUCCAUUGUCAAUCAACGUGGAACUUCCCAACACAAUGCAAAGAGGAGAAUCUGUAGCAGCUGUAGUAGUACUGAAGAGCACACUCACUGCUGAUAUCACAGUGGAAGUUACAAUGUAUAACACGGGACAGAAAUUCGAAUUCGAACCACUCGACAACGAUAUAAACUCGAAGAAAAAAAUCGAACCGUUCGGCCGUCUGCACGUAACCGUGCCGGCAGAAGGCUCCGCAAGCUCAGCGUUCCUGGUGACUGUUGUGCAGACUGGAUCUGUCGAAGUCCUCAUAGACGCUAAAGCACCUGGAGUCUCUGCAUCAUUCUCGAAGACCAUUGAAGUUACUGAUGGUUAUCAAGAAGACGUCUGGGUAUGGAAUCUGCUGAAUGCAAGGAGUGGCGUGGCCAGAGCCAACAUGACUUUAGAACCCAUCGCAGGAACUCGCUUAGGUCCGGCUCGACUGAUGGCAACUGGAGACUUGCUGUCAUCUGCGUUGCAAGCGCUGUGGCAGUCGCCUCCCGCUGCCGGCGACCCACCGCAUGCAGUGAGGCCUCUUGCCGUAGCGUGUGUGUUAUUGGACUACUUACAGACCACCAACCAAGAGAAAGAGGCUUGGAACAAAGCAGCACGCGACUUGGCGUCUCUCGGAUUCCAACGACUCAUGGCAUAUAGACGUUCUGAUGGGUCCUUCGCACCAGAGACUGAUCGAGAUGCCAAAGGCGAUGUUUGGAUGACAGCAAUAUCAACCCGAUGGUUGUCCCGCUGCGCCCGAUACGUGGAAGUGACGCCAUUGGCUGUCACGGCGGCUUCAGAAUGGCUCGCUCGUAUGCAGAAAGACGACGGCAGUUGGGAACCACCUACACUGAAGACCGACCCUAGAGCACAGGCCCCAUUGCCUUUAACAGCACACGUUUUACUGGCUCUUUCACAAGCCAAGGGCAAGGACAUCCACUACAAAAACGCCUUGAACAAGGCCGUUGAUUAUUUGGCCAAAGGACUGACACCAUUCCUGGAUGCAUAUGCCCUGGCUGUCGUAGGCAACGCGUUAGCCGUUGCUAAGCACCCUGAAGCAUCGGUAGCUCUACAAUACAUGGACAAAUACGUCAACAACACUGGUUCAACAUUAUUCUGGUCACGCAAGUUGUCCGGCUCCGAAUGGCGCAACCCUUGGCUGAAAUCAAACAGCCUAGAAGCGAGCACAGCCGCGUGGGGCCUACGAACAAUGCUGGCUUCGCGUCUGGAAGACAAAGCAGAGCCUGUUGCCAGGUUCCUCCUACAAGCCUACAAACCAAACGACCCUGAUCCCGAUGUGCUAGAUGCCAUUGCACAUUACGCUGAACUGAUAAAGACCACAACAAAAUUGAGAAUAUCGGUCAAUGUAACUGGAUCUCAAGAGCCGAAACUGUUCCAAAUCGGAGACAACAAUCCACUUAUUAUUCAAGAUCAAGCGAUCUUCGAUGCCCGAUCAGCCACUGCAGUCACCGAAGGGCGAGGCAUAGCCCUUGUCGGACUUUCAGCUAAAGGCAACACCAACGUCACAGGUGCUUGGCCGCGGUACACUCUGGACCCCAGGGUCGAUAUGGUCUCCACAAAAUAUCGCAUGCAGCUGUCUAUUUGCCUCGGGUACGUGCCACAAGGUAAUGAGACGGAAAGCGGUUUGACUUUGCUCACGGUUCAGCUACCGACUGGCUACUUGGCUGACAUUAACACGAUCACUGAAUUGACGGCUGCAAGAAUGGUAGUAUCAGCUCGCGUCCAAGCUGGUGGGUCUCGCGUGCUAGCAUGGGUGAGGCCUCGACGCGCAGAACAGUGCGCCACACUCGCGGCACCUCGGGCUUUGCCUGUAGCCAGACAGCGACCGGCCUGGGCCACGUUGCAGGACCUUUAUGAUUCUAGUCACCGCGCACGCGUGUUCUACCAAGCGCCGGCGAGCAGCGCGUGCGACGUGUGCCGCGAGUGGGAGUCGUGCGCGCGCGCGUGCGGCUCGGCCGGCGCGCAGCUGGGGCCCGCGCCCGCGCCCGCCUCCCGCACCCCGCGCCCCGCCCCCGGCGCCGCCGCUGACCUACAACUCUCGGUGGCAGCCCUAGCAUUAGCCUUGGCGAUUGUGGCACUACGAUAGCCUGUAGCAGUACCCCAAACUUUUUGGUUUCAGAUACAUUGGGUGAUUGGGUGGUCCCUAUGAGAUUGUUUGGCUCCUGAGGGGAAGAGUGGGUAGAUUUCUCUCAUUCACCUCGUGCGUCGUCUGUUAGUGUUGUACGGUAUACCUAUUACAUAUUUGAUCCAAUAGGUAGGUAAAACAGUAUAAGGUCACUAAUUGUGGUCCCUCAUUCCGUCCUAAGACCCCUAAUUUUCACACCUGAAGGUGGCAAUCGAUUAGGCCACUUUGGUUAAUGAAUAGCCACCCAAAAUCAUGGAACUUUUUUUGGAAGGUAUCAAGAAUUUUGUGCCAUGCCUGCCACCCUGCUGCUUACCGUAAUAAAAUAUGAUGGUGGCAGCACUUUCGCGUCAGUAGUUAGAAUGUACUACGAGUUCAUUAAAAAAAUACUAUAGACAAGAUUUGUGGUUUUGGAUUUAAAAUGAAAAAUAAUAGCAAAAUGAUUACACAUAUAAAUGUCUACAUAGUUAAAUAUAACCGAAAUUAAUUGCGCUAGUCAAAAUGCUCACCACUAAUUGGGUAUUAAAUGUGAAAAGAUUUAUAAUCAAACAUCUUAUAAGAAACGAUUUAUAAGAAACGACGACGAAAAACUUAUGUUUAGUAGUU